CAAAAUGUUAAGUUAGAAAUUACUGACAUUUUAAUGAUUGUCGAUGAGCAAUUAAUAUCCAAUCAAUCACAAUCCAAGGAUACAUUCUGAAAACACUUUGAUCAUUACCAGAUCAAUGAAAAUGAGGUGUAUACCUUACUUUAAACACUAACAUUCCAGAGAUCACAAUCUUUCCAAAGAAAAAUGAUCAACUCUUUUCAGUGCACUGUAGUGGUUAUGGUGCCUAUAGUGGUUAUUGCCCAGAGUAAUGUACAUUUUAGAAUGGUUUGGCUUCUUACCUGGGGUUCACUGAGUGCAGCUCCCCAUCUCCACUACUGCCUACAGGAGAACUGGAAACUCUCUGUCUGAGAUAAACCAAUUAGCUCCCCCUGCAUUGAACAUCUUUGCUCAGGUGAACUUCCAAUUCUCCUGGCUGAGCGAGAGGAGGUGUGGAUUGACUACUUACAAAAAUGGGAGGUACCAGAAUAUUCCUGUCACCAUAUCCACUACAGUACAUUAUAUUGGUUAUGGCAUGGUCCUUUAAAGGGACACUCCACGCACCCAGACCACUUCUGCCCAUUGGAGUGGUCUGGGUGCCAACUCUCAUCACCCUUAACCUUGCAACUGUAAUGAUUGCAGUUUAUAAAAACUGCAAUCAUUACAUUGCAGGGUUAAGUCCUCCUCUAGUGGCUGUCUACCAGACAGCCACUAGAGGGACUUCCCGGUUCUUAAAACACAAAAAGUGUUCAAACGUGCUGGACAUCUUCACGCUAUGCAUGAGGACCUCCAGCAUUGCCGGAAUCCCCAUAGGAAAGCAUUAAAUAAUGCUUUCCUAUGGGGAGGUCUAAUGCGCGUGUGCGGUAGGAGCUUGGGCAAAGCCUGACCCAGUGCCGGGGGACAUCAGCGCUGGAUUCAAGUAAGUCACUGAAGGAGUUUUAACCCCUUCAGCAACAUGGGAUGGGAAGUGGGAGGGAGGGGGGUACUACAGGAUUCUGCAGUGCCAGGAAAACCGGUUUGUUUUUCCUGGCACUGGAGAGUCCCUUUAAUGAUAUAUCUCUCACUUAUUAGCAUCAUCAAUACCCACGGCUGUGUGUAAACAUCAACCUCGAAAUUGCCAUCAUUAGCGCAUUUAAGCAAAAGAAAGGUCCUGCAACUCAAUGGUACAUUCAACAAAGCUUUUUUGAAUACAGCAGGCAAUGUUUCAACUCAAAUUAUUUGUGUCCAAUCACCUGGAUAAUAAUGUGUAAGACUGGAGUCAAAUUAAAGUUUAUAACUGUACCCCCGUGUGUUUACAUUUGGAGUAGUACAUAAUAGUUUGUAUUGGCAUUUAUUACAAUGAUAAUAUAGAUCAUGUCUGUUUUUACAGGAGAAAAAUGAUCCAAACACAGAUUUUAUUGAGAUGAAUCUUAUAAUGAUUAUUCACAACCUGUUUAUAGCUGGAAUAGAGGCUGUUACGGCUACACUCAGACACGGAAUGCUCAUAACACUGAAAUACCCUGAGAUACAAGGUAGGUACUGACUAACAGCAAGGUACCCUGACAUUAGAGGUGUGCAUGGGGAUAACGUUGUUUUGUUUGAGUAGGAUUCAUUCGGUUUCUAAUUUCAUUUGUGCCAAAUUUGGAAAAAUAAUGAUUCAGAACAACUGAAAUUCAACCAAAAUUUGAUUACAUUUUAAAAUACAGAUUCCCAUUAUUAAUAUACAGAUAUAAGUCCUGCGCUCAAGCUCCGACUGCUUCUGGUUGGAGCAAUGACCAUAGUACACAUCAGCCCUAAUACAUACAAUAAAAACCAAAGAAAUGAGUUACCUGAACUCUUCCCAAAUCCCUGCACAUAUUUAUAUAAAUGGGGGUCUUCGGCAUCACUCCAAAGGUCAUUUAAGUGUAAGCUCACCUGCCACGUCAAGGCAAAUCCUCUUAGGAGAGUCCUACAUUAACAAUUCACCUUGCUUUCUUUAGCUAGAAGGUAACAUCUCUAAUGAGACGGAAAGGGACAUUUAUUUAAACCCCUAAAUAGGUAUGUAUCGAAACUCUUCUAACCCCUCCCCCCUAGAUUAGCAUAAUUACAUAUGGGGAAUGAAUGAAAGUGCCAGUCAUAAAUUUACAAAGUACCAAUUUAGGGGAUUAUCUACUAAACUUGUAAUAUAUCAGAAUUAAGAAAAGCACUCUUCUCAGUUUUUCACUUACAGAUGUUUAGUAGAUAACUCCCUAAUUUGCUAUCCUAGUCAAAACUAAUGGAUCCAAAAAUAUUUUUUUAGUUUUUCCAUCAAUUCGGAAAUUUGGACAUUUCCAGAUUUCUGAAUUUGACCGAAUUCAGACAAAAUCAGAUUCAGAACGGAACAUAUUACACAUGUCUGUCUGACAUAAACUAUACAUUAAUGUGCGAUAUGAUUAAAUAUUAUUUUAUUUUUUAUUUUUUUUGUAAAUCUAUUUUAUUUGUGUUGUCAAAGUCGAGAAAAAAUAGGACUCGCAGGUCCCAAGAGACAUAUCAUGAUCUACAAUAGCAUGAGCACCAUUCAUUAGCGUAGGUAGCAUGACGUGUGGGAACGUUCUCGGGCUCGCUGGCCAACAAUAUUGCCGGACAUGCAGGUCCCUGGUAAUUUCUAGUGUUACAGCUAUGGUUUUUGAAUUCACCAAUUCUCACUGUUUACCCAGGUGUUAACCUGAUCAUGGGCGUUGGGGCGGGAGACUUUCCAGACUCUGUUCAGUCCCUCUAUUGCUGUUUACGUGUCAGAGUUAUUCAAUCAUUAUUUGGUGUUUGUCUGAUUAUGGUAGGAUUAGUAUGUGUGGGCCUGAGUUCUCGUUUUGUCGCGUGCCCGCAGUUCUGUCAUCAGAUGUCAUGUCUGUUCCUUCUGCAUAUCUGA